CAGAAGCAUAUCAGGUAUAGCCUAGUGUAGCAAAGAUUUUUGCUGAGACAUCACAUGUGUAUGUAUGUGUGUGGGUGUGAAUACUCUCCACUUCAUAUAAAUCCUUGGCCUUAGAGGAGUCUUUUUUGUAAGUACGACUUCCAUGGCUUCCAAGGCUCAACUCUGCACCAAAUUUCUAGCCAUUAACGCAUUAUAAAUGGAAAAAUGGCUCUUCAGGAUGUUUGUGGUUUCCUGGAGACUCUUGAUGACAUCAGCCCAUGCACUUACCAACCAAAUGAGAUGGGAUACAUGUGGAGGACACCGUUGGAGUUUGACAGAGACAGUGCUUUUCAUUUUCUUUCCCCCCCUCAGCAAUGCAGCAGAAAAAACAGAGCACCAACUCUUUUCUCUUCAACUUUCUCCAGUUUGUCACCUCAUCAACAACCCUUUCAGCUAUCCCACGGUACCACAACUUUGGGUUUUAUAUUUCAGGAUGGCGUGAUAGCCGCUGCAGACACUCGUGCCAGCUGUAAGGGUCUAAUUUGCUGCCCGAUAAGUCAAAAGAUUAUGCCUAUCCACUCUCACCUGGUGGUCAACACUUCGGGCAGCGGUGCCGACUGUAUGCUGUGGGAACGGAUUCUUACCCGUGAGAUGAGGCUUUACCAGCUUCGCCAUCGUAAGAGACUAAGUGUCAAUGGGGCUGCAAAACUGCUCUCCAUGAUGCUUCAUCCAUUCAAAGGCACUAAUGUGUGUGUGGCAGCUACUCUUUGUGGAUGGGAUGGAGAAGAAACGCAAAAAACAAUACAAUCCUGCAUGGAAAUCUCAGAUGUUAAGGAAGCAGUGGAACAGGAUAGCAAUGGAUCUGCAAUUUCAGAUGAAUCUGCUCAAGGUAGUGUGAAAAUGGCCUCUGUAAAUGAGCAGGACGAGAUCUCGAAGGACACUCAAGCACUGAAUCCAACUGUGUCAGAUCAAAAUACAAAAAACGUUCUGUCUACUUUUGGAGGACGGUCUGGUCCCAGGGUGUGCUAUGUUUGCAGUGAUGGCCUGCAACUGAAAGGAGAGAUAAUAUCAGUGGGCUCAGGGUCACCCUAUGCAUACGCUGUGCUUGAUGAUGGUUGGAGAUGGGGAAUGACUGUGGAUGAGGCAGUGGCACUGGCCCGAGAGGCUGUUUUCAGAGCCACUCACUGGGAUGCCUACUCUGGGAAUAAUGUAGACCUUUUCCACAUCACUGCCCAUGGCUGGCGACGCAGAGACAGGGAAGAUCUGAAGGAGGAGUACUACAGAGAGAGGGAGAGAGAGAAGAAGAAGAUCAAGGAGAGGGAGAAAGAGAGACAGAAAAAAGAGGGGGAUAAGCUGGUUGAAGGGGAAGGUGAUAUAUAACCUAUUCAGUACACUGAGGAUAGGGACACAAACUGUGGAAAUACAAAAAGACAUGGGUGGAAUGUGAAUGUGAUGGACAGGAAUAGCAGUCCUGUGUAGAACAAUGUCAGGCAGUUCACUUGAUAGCACAAAUAAAAAGAAUCCACAAUUCACAGGGAAAUAAAAUAAGUUCUUAUAAACUGUUUGUAUUUCAACCAAAAAAUAAAAUAGUUAUCAAUAAACUGCAUUUUUUUUCCAGAUAAACAACUAUAACCACAAACACAUUGGAUUUAAUUUGAUAUUGUAGCAAAGUAGCAAGAAUGGAUUGAUUUUUUAUUUUAAAUCAAUAUUACACCUUUUUUUUAAAUAUGAAUCAGCAAAUUUAGUCCAUGUACAAUAAUUGACAAUGUAGCCUAAAUGUGCAAUAAAUGUUGCCUUGUAAGUUAAUGUGUGACUCAGCAAUAUUUUGAUAAAUCAAUGAAACAACCGAUUUAAAAAAAAUCU